AUGAGCUUCUUCAUCGAAGAUUCCGGUCUCAUCGUCACUCAACUUCUCUACAAAAUGGCGGUUUUUAUCACCGUCUUGAGAUGGAUUCUCGCCUGGAUCUUACGCUACCGAUCCAGAUCUAGAUCCGCUUCCACCUCCACCUCCUCUUCUCCUCCGAUCUCCUCACAGGCCAUCAAGGAGAGCCUAUCCGUUACCACCUUCCGCGACGCGGCGGAGCGGUCUCCUGAAUUGGUCAGCGACACCUGCGCGGUGUGCCUCGGGGAUCUAGAAGACGGAGAUGAGGUCAGAGAGCUCAGGAACUGUAGCCACGUGUUCCACCGCGAGUGUAUCGACCGGUGGCUGGAUUACGAAUGCUGCAGCGGAGAUGAUAACGACGGUGAGGAUGAUAACCACCGGACUUGUCCUCUGUGUAGAACUCCGCUGCUUGCUGCUAAUACGUCGUCGUGUGGAGAUUGGCCGGCGAAGAACGAGCCCAGCUGGGCCGUUGAGAGGCUUCUCUACCUCUUCGGAGACGAUCUUCUCGUUUGA